UUUCUAUUGCUACUCGUAUGAGUAAGCAUCCUGAUGUUUUUAGAGAAGAUAAAGGGGUCAUGUUUUGUAAUUAUUGUGAUUUGUCUGUUGAAUGGAAAGCUAAAUCUACUGUCGAUGGACAUUGUAGUUCAAAGGGGCAUUUAAAAAACAAACAAAUGUAUGAAAAUAAAGAAAAAUCUAAAAAGCAAGUUACACUUGCUACUACUAUCACAUCCGAAUCAAAGAAAGAACUUAUUUCAAUUUUUAAAAAACACCUUAAAGAAGGUGGUGCAAUUCCUCAAGCUUCUACACUUUGA